CUGCUUUAUCAUAAUAAGUAGUCCUAGUGGAAAAGCAAUUAUUUUUUAAUUUAGAUUCCUAUACAUUUUUUUUGGUUAAUUCCUCUCUAAUGUUCAUUCCCAAAGUCCAAGAAUUGCAGUUUCUUGAUAGUCUAGAUAUACCAGAACUUAGUGCCUUUUUAAACAAAGAUCACCUUUAAAAAAAAAAAAAAUCCCCACAAAACUAAGCCAGGCUAUGAUCUCUUUUUUUUCUUUUCUUUUUUUAAAUGGGGGACUUAGUAUUCAGGUCCAUGAUUUUAAAAUAUGUAAAUACUGAAUAGCAUUGCCAUUUGUAAAAUUUGUUGUAUUGGAUGAAGUUUUACUUUACAUCUUAAUUUACAGUUUUUGAAGAGCCUGAAGAUCCCAGCAGCAGAUCAUUCUUUUCAGAAAUUAUUUCUUCAAUAUCUGAUGUAAAAUUCAGUCACAGUGGUCGAUACAUGAUGACAAGAGACUACCUUUCAGUUAAAGUGUGGGAUCUCAAUAUGGAAAACAGGCCUGUAGAGACAUAUCAGGUUCAUGAAUAUCUUCGAAGCAAGCUUUGUUCUCUGUAUGAAAAUGACUGCAUCUUUGACAAGUUUGAAUGCUGCUGGAAUGGUUCUGACAGUGCUAUCAUGACUGGCUCCUACAACAAUUUCUUUAGGAUGUUUGAUCGUAACACACGACGGGAUAUUACAUUAGAAGCAUCAAGAGAAAGUAGCAAACCUCGUGCCAUCUUAAAGCCACGCAAAGUGUGUACAGGUGGUAAGAGAAAGAAAGAUGAGAUAAGUGUUGACAGUCUGGACUUCAACAAGAAGAUCCUUCAUACAGCAUGGCACCCCACAGAGAACAUCAUUGCUGUAGCUGCCACCAAUAACUUGUAUAUAUUCCAGGACAAAAUUAACUAAAGGUGGCUUAUUUGAGGACAGUCAUCUUCUUGCAUAGUUAAGCUCAGUUGUUUCUGUAAAAGAGAAGGCCUUGUUGUCCUACCAGUAAAGAACAUUGAUGCACUUACUUCCUUUUAUAGAUAAAGGAGAGAAGCUUGCCUGAUUUUGAGUUCAUGGUGUAGUUCUGCCUUCAAUGAGGGGGGGAUGUGAGUUGCAAUUUUCAACAAGAAAAAGCCCACUAGAAGCAGAAUUGAUGGACAGUACUCAAUAAAGGCCAAUAUUCAAAUGUAUUUAUUUAAGUCUGAGCCUUCCUUUCCAGUUUAUAGACCAAAAAUUUAACACCCAAGAAGAAAAUUUGUCAAAAAAAUGUAAUUUCUGUCUCUCGCGCUCUUUCUCUGCUGUAAUAUUUGGGCCUUUCAAAACAUAUAUUGUGCUUUAUGCCUGUAAACAUUCCUCCUCUGGCCUUUCAUCUAGGCUUAGGUGUUUUUAUCUCUGAGCACUAAGGUAGGUCUUGAGUUGGAUUUGUAGGCAAGUUUCCAUGUAUAUUUACUCACCAACUGUAUCUAUAACCACACCUUCGGGUGUAAACCACUUAAUAAAAAUAACAAACUAUAAAAAAGUGUUUUUAAAUCUGAAAGUAUGUAUUCAGUCUUUUUUAUUUUUUUAUCGCAUGUAUUGAAAUUGUGAAAAAAAAAUUCUGAUGGGAAGAUUUGACAAGUUUGUUCCAGAACAUUGAUUUUUGACAGGCAGAUCUGAAGUUUCGUAUAACAUGAAAUAUUUCAAACUCUGAAAUUAGUUUCCACGGAAUUGUCAUUAGGUUGUUUUUCUGUAAAAUUAUAUACUGUAUGCAAAAAAAGUUAGAGAUUGAAAAGUUUGGUAUAAAGUCAUCUAGAGCCAUAAUAGUAAGAGACCAUCUUGCACAGAAGGAAAAAUAACUGAAAAUAUUCAAUAAAAUUGCUGCUUUGAAAACUAAAAAUCCAGUUUAACAGAGUCCUCUCAAAUGUUUGAGACAGACACAUACUUUAUGCACAUUACUUUUUUUUCACCUGUUCAGUACUUUUGGUUUGGAAAAAAAUAUACUUUAUUUUAAAUUAAAAUUUUGGCAUAUAUAUUGAAUUUCACAUUGGAGUUAAAAUAAUUAAUUUAUGCUAAGCAGCAUCACAACAAAAUAAAUUAUAACAUAGUCUAACAAAGACACCAAGAGAUCAGGCUCUGUGGAGGCUACAUACUGAUGUGAAAUGCAUUUGUGGUAAUAUCUGUUCCCAUUGACAGCAGGAGGUUAAAGAAUAGUUCUUGGUACUAUUUUUAAAAAGGGGCCAGAACUCAUCCAUCAGUUUUUCACCCAGACCAGGUGAGGGUGUAGGCACAUUUUAAUAGCAUUACGUUACCUAGAUAUAUAAGGGCUAUGAAAUGUGCCUACAAAAUCAAAGGUGUCUUUCAGAAAUUAGCCCGUUGAGCUUCCCUGAUGAAAUACAGAAGUGUGGUUUACACUCCAUUUUUAAUAAAAUGAAGGUGUAUUAUGAUUACUCAAUCAGAUAAGAUAUGCAAGAGAAAAAUGUCUGUUCCUACCCUCUCAAUUAAUGUCCAUAGUGCCACUCUUGUUCACAAUAAGCUAGUAAAUACAGCUAACUUUUGGGGGUUCUACAAAUAAAGUUUAAAUAAAAAUCUUAUACUGUAUAUUGGUUGUGACACUAUUUGCAAAUCUUGAAUUGUAGAACUAGGUCAUUUAAGCAUUAGAUUUGACCUUGUUCUUAAAAUACGUAAUAGAGCUAAUACAAUGGGAUUGUAUAUACUUGUUCAAUUAUUUUGACCAAAAAGUUUAAUAAAUUUUAAAUGUUUACCU